CAUCCCUUGCAUUACCGAACUGAAUACACUGCAGAUCAUCAUACAAGUAGAGCUAGUUGACUUGGCACUCUCAAUUGAUAAGUAAAACCGAUUCGCACCCAGCGCUUCCGUUUCAAGAAAUGUCCCUGCAUCAUUUAAACAAUGGCAGAUUCGAUGAAGCUUGGGCAAAUCCAAGCUCGGGUACCCCCGCCUGAAUGGCUUCAACCAGCCCUUACCGUGAGGGUCAUUUAAGCUCCUGCAUGGCGUAACUAACUCAGCAGACGAUUUGCAUUCUGUCAAUUCUGCUUCCCAGGGGGUUAAUCAGAGUUAGUUCUGGAGCGAUAAUAAUUGGAUUGUUUCUAUAUCUCGUUGAGUCCACCGGGAAGCAGUCACGAGAUGCAUAUCUAUCGGGUGUGUCGUGUUCAUUGCUGGUGCUUCGAUGGAUCGAUUUGGUUGGCAUUCACACACCAGAAACUGAUUUCUGGAAGAAGACAAAUCCAGAAAGAGAUUCGCUGGAUAGCCUGUGGAGGCGACUGAAAUGGUUCUUUUUACUUUGGAACAAUCAAAGGGGAGUCGGAUGGAAUAUUCAGCCCGAUUGCCUUCCUAAAGCCCCAGUCGGCCUUUCCGGUAGAUUCGAUUUUAUCAGGCACAGUCUCGCUUCCGUGUUCUGGGCAUACGUUGGCUUGGAUGUUGUUCAGGUGAUGCUAAAGUACACAUAUGCUACCGCCAACAGGCAGCUAUUCGCGAUGCCGCUAUUAAAGCAAGUUGUUCUCUCCUGGGGGUCGGCAUUCAAACUCUUCUUCACAAUUUCUCUGUUGUAUAACCUUGGUGGCACAUUGACGGUUCUUAUCAGACUUUACGAUCCAGUGGAUUGGCCUCCGAUCUUUGGGUGUUUUAAGAGAGACGCUUGGAGUAUUCGGAAGAUGUGGGGAUCUUGCUGGCAUCAGAUGAUGCGACGGCCAUGUGCUGAGGCUGGAAGAAUAACAAAAUUAGUGUGCGGCUUUCGCACAGGAAGUUUCGCAAGCAGGUACUCUCAAAUAUGGGUCGGAUUUGCUGUGAGUGCCGCAAUCCACCAUGCCGGGGCCAUUGUAGGGAUGUUUGAAGACAAUGGUUGGUGGCAGGCCGUGUACUUCAUGCUCCAACCAUUAGGUAUUAUGAUCGAAGACGGGGUUAUUGGGAUUGGACGACGAUGCGGUAUUCGUCCCAGUAGAUGGACGAAAGCACUUGGCUUUCUAUGGGUACUUGGCUGGUUCUCGUGGAGUCUUAGAUUUAUGGUUGCUUUUCAACCAAAGGCCUGGUCUGAAGACUUAACGAUACCAAGUGCCUUGGCGUUAUUAUCCAGAAGGUGAUAUAUGGG